AUGAUUGCAGAGCAUGCCGACCCGGGUGAGCCUUUCAGCAUGCCUGAGGCACCCGUCCUCAGCUAUAAGGCACGGCGGCUGGGACUCCGUAGGCCAAAGCCUCGACCCGCCUCCGCCCUACAACCGCACGCCCGACCGUUCGCUGCCUCACACCCGAAGCGGACGUUUUCCAGUACCUCUCGCGCUCUUGUGCUGCUGGAGGACGAAGAUGAAGAUGGAGAGAUAGCCAACCAGCGGCGGGAGAGGAAAAAACCGCCUGGGAGAUCGGGCGAUAUCUACCUCGCUCCGGAUAGAGAUCUUAGCAGCAUUCUUCGAGCAAGAAAGACCCUCGCGCAACGAAAUACAACUGCCAAAACGCUACAUCUCGAGAGGAUACGAAUGAAUCAAGAGUAUAAUGAGAAGUUCAAGCAUUUCUGGGGAGUUCAGGUGCCUCAUAUCUUCGAUUGCUGUGACUCCGUUCAUGUUCGUCUGAAAUAUCUCCCCUUCGAGCAAGCUCUCCUGCAUUGCCAAAUUGAGUGCGAGAAGAUCGGAUUGGCAUUACAAUUCUUUUACCAGCGCUCUUUUCAGGAAUUUGACGACAAACUCAAACAAUGGGCGAAGAUUCAUCGGGACCUCACCGCCGAAUACUUCGCGGUGAGAUCUGCCAUGCUUGCUCGCGUGGAGGCCGGCUUCUUGCAAGCGCAAAUAGCGAUCCAACUGGUGGAACAUGAAUUUUGCGAAAUUGUCUUUGCGCAAACUCCAACCUGGACGGCAAGCGUAUUGGGCGCUGUCAAGAACAUUUCCCAAAUACGCGAACGAACCCUCUUGCUCCUAUCACAAAUAUUUUCGCGCCAGCUCUCUCAAUUGUGUGCCUCGUCUCUAGAGCUGCAUGAGCUAAUCAAGCGAGAUUAUCUGGAUCCGCGAAAAGUUGCAAGAGUAAAGGUGGAUCGCCAGCUUGGACUAGCGCAAAAGCUCGAGGAUGAUUACCUGCAGCUGCGGUCGAAAUGUGCACCUGUCUCUGAGACACUUUCGAUCAUUGCACUUCAAUGGGAGGCUUUUGCAGACCUCCACUGGAAUCGCAAUAAACAGCGAGAAUCGGAAUAUUCAGAUCUCCUUCGAAAAACAAGAUCCCACAGACAACAGUUUGACUUCUGCGCGCACAGUUAUCGUUUGUGGUGGCGCAGAUGGAGAAAAGCAGACCGUUCUCUAGCAGACGGCGAAUUCAGAGCCAUGUCCUUUACCACAAAAGGGGCAAUCAGCACACGGAAAUACCCAAUAACCAAAAAAAUGGAUAGCCUUUUACUCCACCACUCCACUAGCAAGACAAUAGUCAAGUUGCGAGAAUUGCUGGAACGACAAUUCGACCGGAUACCGCGAAGGCUCUGGAUUUUUUAUACGCACAAGUCUACCAUCCUCAAGGAGGCAAACGGUCCCGAUCGGGUUUUACACCGGCAACAGGACAUACACUGGCGGCAUUUGGAUGUAAUGGCGCCGUUGUUACUUCUCCAAAUGUCAACAACCCGAAUAAUACGCGAAGUGUGGUUCCUAAGGCAGAGCCUGAACAUUGAUUGUGGCUUGUGGUCCGCCCUCGAUUGGGAAACCAGAACAAAAUUCAAAGUUGACAUCUCCAAGGUGGGGUUUGAAUUCAAGACAUAUUAUCACCAAUUCAACAGGAAUGUUGACGAACUCAUGCACAUCAACUGGAUGCGGCUCAAGUGCGCAGACAAAUUGCGCGAUCUCGGUCUGCCUGGCGAUACUGGUGCUCCGGGACUUUUCGUUGCACAUAAUCCUCUGAGUGAAGAUAUGUUGCGUUUUCGUCAAUGGACCUACAGGAUACAGGCAAUAUGGCGGCAUAUGUGGGCUUUGACACUCGUCUUUCAAAUGCCUCCGUCAUACUGGAAAGGUCUGCACGAGCGUUUGGAUCCGGCACCGAUCCAGUCUCCUUAUAACUCCCUGGUCAUGAACUUGGGCUCCCAGAAAAACGGCCGUAUUCGAACCCAAGAUAAACGAUCCCCCUUCCGAAUGUCCCGCCAACAACCUGGUCCUCUCCGGGUAUCCCGACUUUGGCAGCGACGUACAAACUCCAGAUACCUGUCCCUCUUUCGUCUGUCGCGUAAUGCGAGAAAAGAGUCAAUUGCUAGGAUGAUUGUCCGAAACGCAAUGGGUGGAUAUGCGACGCCCCGCAAGUUGUCCAUCUCUGCGAAGAGUAUCAUAUCGAGUGUCUACUCGCGGGCCCAGCUACGCAGGUUAGGAUUGAUGAAAAGAUCAAUCUGGAGGUCUAAGAGCAAGAAACAUGAAUUCAAGGAGAUGAAAAAGAAGAAGAAGAAGCAGACUUGGAAAGCCAAACGAUUGGGGAUCAAAAAAGCCCGGAAACAAUCCAGAGCGUCAGCUCGAAACUCUCAACAUGGAAGCCAUGUGCCCGACAAGGCAUCAGACAAGUUACCCGAGGCCAAGGGAGCUCAUAGCAGCGAGGACUACCGACCAACUCCAGGAAAGAAAGCUGCGGAGAAAGAGCCUAUCAAGGUUUCGCCAGACUCUAAGCAGAAUUCACCAAAGAAGGCAGCUAAGGCUCCAUGGGGGUCGAAACAAUUCAGAUCCGAACCUUCCCAACCACCCCUCUCUCAAACACUGCAAGACCGGAUUUCCAAGAAAGCCGAUGCCCCUCAAUUUUCUUUCUUGAAAUGGAACUCGGUGAGAAUAAAGUCGGCAGGGCCUAAACUCAAGGUCAAGCCGGCUAAGGCUUCCAAGCCCAAGCUUCCCCGCUCACCCGUCCGUGUGGCUCCGAAAUGGCGGCCUAUAUAUUCUUUUGGAAAGACCGGGGAGAGGCCCUAUUGCACUGACACGACGACUGCCCCUCGCGAUAAAGCCAAGGGGCCCGACGAUGGUAAUCACGAGGUAUUGUCUAAACCAGAUGGACUUGGGAUUCCAGCAGUAGCAUUGAAUGGGUCUUUAAAAGGUAGCACGGGUGAUGAAGCCCUGUCCGACUCGCCAGAUGCGUUGGAGCAGGAGUUCAUCGAAAAGGACGCUGAAGUGCCGCAGUUCUGGAGUCACAUCUCGCAUCCCGGCCCGAAUGGACAAAGUAUCAUCGUGCACUACUGCCGGACCCUCCAGAGCACUGAGGAAGUAGCCCAACUCUUCCUAAACAGCAAAGUGAUCGGAUUCGACAUGGAAUGGAAAGCGCAGACAUUUGGCUUCGACAGCAUCCGCAACAACCUCUCGCUGAUCCAGGUCGCCAACGAGGAGCGCAUCGCGCUUUUCCAGCUUGCGUCGUUCAAGCCAGGACGCGAUCCACAGGACUUCAUCUCCCCUUCCCUGAAGCAUAUACUCGAGUGUCAAGACAUCACUAAGGUCGGCGUCUCCAUCAAGGCAGACUGCACGCGGCUGCGCAAGUAUCUUGGCAUCGAGGCCCGCUCUAUCUUCGAGCUCAGCUAUCUCUACAGACUUGUCAAGUACUCCCAGACGAACCCUAAGCUGGUUAACAAGCGGAGCGUCAAUCUCAGCGAUCAAGUGGAAGAGCAUUUUGGUCUGCCGCUGGAGAAAACCGAGGAUAUUCGCUGUGGCGAUUGGACUCGCGCGUUGAACUAUCGUCAAGUCCAAUAUGCCGCCGCUGACCCAUACGCUUGCAUUUGUCUCUUCAACGCAAUGGAAACCAAGAGAUUGGCUAUGGACCCUGUACCACCUCGCCCUGCUCACGCUGAACUCAAUCUCCCCAUCAUUCUUCCCCUUGGUCAGGCUGUUAAUACCGAGGAAAAGGAAGCUUCAGGCUUGCCUUCAGACGCAAAUGCUGUUGAACAACCCUAG